GACACGCUCUCAGACACAUCGUCUUGCGCAUGCGUCACGUGGAGUACCAGAUGGUCCAAUCAGCUAUUUUAAUAGACGCCGAAAAAAGUGAAUGUGAUUUCCAAAAGAUGGCGACCGCUCUGGUGGUGUCAACUUCAGUUCCUACAAACUGUGAAAAGGAGAAAUGCGAAACAGCCAUUCAAAAGAUUGUGAGUCCUGACGCGUACAUCAAGCAUCCCUUACAAAACAAGUGGGCUCUUUGGUUUUUCAAGAAUGACAAAAGCAAAACGUGGCAGGCCAACCUUCGUCUCAUCUCCAAAUUUGACACUGUGGAAGACUUCUGGGCAUUAUACAACCACAUUCAGCUAUCAAGUAACCUGAUGUCUGGCUGUGACUACUCGCUCUUUAAGGAUGGGAUUGAGCCCAUGUGGGAGGACGACCGGAAUCGACGAGGUGGCCGCUGGCUGAUAACUCUGUCCAAACAGCAGCGUAAAGCAGACCUGGAUCGGUUCUGGUUGGAGACGCUCCUGUGUCUUGUGGGUGAAGCUUUCGAUGACUACAGCGACGACGUGUGCGGAGCUGUCAUCAACGUCCGAGCCAAAGGAGAUAAAAUAGCGAUAUGGACCACAGACUACGAAAACAAAGAGGCCAUCACACACAUAGGCCGUGUCUAUAAAGAGAGAUUAGGCGUCCCAACAAAAGUUAUCAUCGGAUACCAGUCGCAUGCAGAUACGGCCACAAAGAGCGGCUCCACAACCAAGAACAAGUUUGUUGCCUGAAGACCGUCAUAACCAGACUCAUCAAUCAUGCUUUUUUUUUUCUUUUUCUUUUGCCAGCCAUGCUUCUGCUGUCGUUUGUCUGUCAUAAAAUGUAACUGACAUGUUUAUCCGCUCACAAACAUCUCAAGUGGAGAUGAGCUGCGUCCUUUUUGUGUUGCCACUUUACCAACGCUUUUGUUUACGGUGAGAGUACGCACAGUUAAAAUGUAGCACUAUUGUUUGAGAACAUAAUAACUUGAUUGUUUUUGUGGUGGUGGGCUGAAGAAGAUUUAAAUAUGUUAAUGCCCCGAUUUCAUUUUCAAACACAGCUCCAUAUUUGAGGAGAACUUAUUUAUCCACUCAUUAAUGUAUAUCAAUAAGUUGUUUUCUUAAAGCACUUCACAUUAAAGGUAAAAACAUUUUCUACUUUGGUAUAAGCUGUAGCUUUUUUUUUAAGUGCUGUCUGUGUCAGAUUAUUAGAAAUGUGUGGAUUUAUUUCACAGUGGAGUUUUCUAACUAUGCACUGUGAUUUAUUCCACAUCUGUACGUGAAGCCAACUGAACUAACAAAUUGAUGGGAAACCUUUUGUUUUCAUGGACAUUUCCUUUUGUGUAGUUGUUUUUUUUUUUUAUUUAAAAAGUCACUUUAUUGCCAACGUUGCAAACAGGUCUCUGUUUGAUGUUUAGUUUCUUGUCAAGCAGCUCGUGCAAUAUGCGAAGAGUUAUUAAA